GCUUUGCCUUCACUUCCACUUCUUGCUGUGUUAAGUAAUUUCUGUGGAGAGUAAAACUUUUUUGACUGCUGAGCGCACCCCUCUCAUGUGUUUUUUGCUUUUCUUUCUCUUUCUUUAUUGCCCUGUAAAGCAUAAACCCUCCCACUAAUCCCCAUAAACACCACACCAUUAAUUUAGACUUGAGGGAGUAACACACCAAACCAGGGGGAAAAAAGGACAAGAAUUGUGGAAAAAAGAAACGGGUUUUGUUCACAAAGUUGUAUUCUAGUGUACUUUUUUCCCUUUUUGUUAGCAGCUAAUUUCACAGAUCUGUGGCCUUAACCCCUCACAUUCUGCCUUUGAGAAAUGGGGUUUUGCUUUCUUCCAAAAAUCCAUUGUUAUUUUUGUUUAAAAUCAGCGGAUAAAAAGGAAUAAAGAUUCUUGCUUUUUUCAUAGCUUCUGCAGUUGUUUUUUCAAAGAUUUGAUUUUUGGGAAUAGGGAGUAUCUUAUACUUGAUUCUGAAUGGAUAUCUAGAAGAAAAAGGGCUUCUAAUAUAUAUAAUUGAUUGUCAUUUCUGUUUCUUUGCUCAUUUCUUGGAGAAUUUAUCUGCAAUAUCAAGUGGUGUUUGGUUUUUUUCCAUGAAUAUCAUCUCCAAUUGAAGAAAAUCUGAACUUGUUUGGUGUGGAAGAGAGGUGGGUACGCUUCUUUUGGCAAAGAUGAUACCUUUGUUCUUUUUGGUUGUUUGUGCGGAGGGUUUGGUAGCAUUCCUUCUAAUGGUGAAGAUUGGGCCAUUGAGGGAACUGGUAAUAAAGGGUUUGGAUCAAGUGAAGAUGAGAAGGGCUACAGUUUUAACCAUUGCUGGCACUAUUUUUGUCAUCCUCUUAUCAAACUUAUUUAGCAUACUCAAGAUUCAGAACAAGGGUGCUAAGCAUGGUACCAUGACACCUAUGGAUCAGGUGCUUUGGAGGACAAACUUGCUUGAGGCUACUCUCAUGGGAUUUUCUCUUUUUCUUGGAUUUUUAAUUGAUCGUAUGCACCAUUACAUGCGGAAAUUGAUCAAACUAAGGAGCAAUACUGGAGUUUCGAAGCAAGAAGUCGAGAUGCUUGAGAAAGAAAAGUUGCAGCUUAAGGAAAAAGAAGAAAAAGCUGCUGGCGAAGUUAAGCGACUGCAAAAAGAAAUGUCUAGUUUGACUGAGAAUUUGAAUAAGCUUAGGUCGGAGUCAGCUGAAAAAGACAAGAAAGUGGAGACUGCAGAAGCUCAUGUUGCUGCUCUCCAGAAACAAGCUGCAGAUCUGCUGCUAGAAUAUGACAGAUUACUCGAAGAUAACCAAAAUCUUCAGACCCAAGUUCUUGGACACCGAAAUUGAGAGUUCACUGGUUAGAGUCGUGUCAUAGAAAAUUGAGGGUUUCUGGGUGAUGGAUGACAAUGGUAAGAGGCUCACUUAUUUGGGAGCAGGACCAAGAGAUUGGACAGCAGCUAGUAUAUUAUAUUAAGUGUCGGGAUAUUAGAGCUUGCAUCUCUGCAUGUUGAUUCGUGGAGCAUGACUUUUUGAUUUGAAAAUGGGAUGGUGAACUUCUCUGUAUGUUUUGAAAUGGGUAAGUCUUUUCUUGAGGAAUUGUUGAAUUUCGGCUGAUCUUUUGCAUCUUACAUAGUUAUGAAGGCAGUGUUGAUUGGCACUAACUAAAAUUUGAAGUUACUAGGUCAA